AUGCAAGCCCUCCUCCCCGCCGCCCCACACCCAAAGACGCCCCGGCCUGUACGCCGGCCCGCUGUUGCCAAUCCAGCCCGCCCCAGAACCGGAGGCCCAGAACCGGCGGCCAGCAAUGGAGACACCUCUCCCGCGGCAGAGCCCGUCGCUCUAGACACCCGCCCGUCUCUGCACAUGUGUUCCUGUCAUGCGGCAGCGGGUGGCCCGCGGCCACACAAAGCAGACCCAAGACACACGGCCUGCCGGGGAAAGCGCGCCAAGAAGCGGCGCCCGGCGCGCCCUGCAAGCACCCUGCAGAAGCACGGCGGCCCCGGCACGCGCCGGCUCUGA